AAAGAUGGCGGUGCAGGUGGUACACGCUGUGCAAGCGGUUCAUCUUGAGUCUGACGCUUUCCUAGUUUGUCUCAACCACGCUCUGAGCACUGAAAAGGAGGAGGUGAUGGGUCUAUGUAUAGGGGAGUUGAAUGAUGAUAUAAGGAGUGACUCCAAAUUCACGUACACUGGGACUGAAAUGCGCACAGUUGCAGAAAAGAUGGAUACCAUCAGAAUUGUUCACAUCCAUUCUGUCAUCAUCCUGCGACGUUCUGACAAGAGAAAGGACCGUGUAGAAAUUUCUCCAGAGCAGCUGUCUGCAGCUUCAACAGAGGCAGAAAGGUUGGCUGAACUAACAGGCCGUCCCAUGAGAGUUGUUGGCUGGUAUCAUUCCCACCCUCAUAUAACAGUUUGGCCUUCCCAUGUUGAUGUUCGUACACAAGCUAUGUACCAAAUGAUGGAUCAAGGCUUUGUAGGACUUAUUUUUUCCUGCUUCAUAGAAGACAAGAACACAAAGACAGGUCGGGUACUUUAUACUUGCUUCCAAUCCAUACAAGCCCAAAAGAGCUCAGAGUAUGAGAGAAUUGAAAUCCCAAUCCAUAUUGUACCUCAUAUCACUAUUGGGAAAGUAUGCCUUGAAUCAGCAGUAGAGCUGCCAAAGAUCCUGUGUCAGGAAGAACAGGAUGCAUAUAGAAGGAUUCACAGCCUUACACAUCUGGAUUCAGUAACCAAGAUUCAUAAUGGCUCAGUGUUUACUAAGAAUUUAUGCAGUCAGAUGUCAGCAGUCAGUGGGCCUCUACUACAGUGGUUGGAGGACAGACUGGAGCAAAACCAGCAGCAUUUGCAAGAAUUGCAACAAGAAAAGGAAGAGCUUAUGGAGGAGCUGUCUUCCCUGGAAUAAAACAAGAAGACAAAAUGUGUUCUUACCUCUGCCUGUGAAGAGGGAAUGGAAAUGGCACUUCAGUAGCUAAGGAGCACACCUGCCACCAAGAUGCUGGACUUCAAAUACUAUUCUCCACUAACAGUGAAUAGAAUUGACUUCAGAAAUGAAUGCAUAUGUUUAUCGUGAACUGAUUUUUAGCAAAAUGCCAAGACAAUUGAAUGGUGGAAACAAUAGUCCUUUGAACAGCUGGUGAUUGACAACUAAAUAUCUGCACAGAAUAAUGUAGCCAGACCUCCACCCCAUGUCAUGUAUGAGUGUUAACAAAAAAUGUAUUAACGAUUUAAAUGUAAGAACUUGUAACUAUUAAAAUAUUAAAACAUCA